UUAACACAUCCGGUAACAAUCACACAUGGUUGAUGCAAAAAUACGGCUACCGCUCUGUACUAUAGCUGUCACUUUCAUGCCAGCAUAUAACUAACAAAAUGUAUGAGUGCACAUAAUUAGAGAGUUGGUUGGGGUUAACAGAGAGCGUAUAACAGCGCUGUAAAUAUAAUAUAAAACAGUGGUUCGUAUAACAAAGCCAAGUUGUUUUUCUCAUUGCUUGGUCGGGUAAAGUCACAUCGUUCGUGCGCUGCGUUUAUAAAUAUAGACAGGAAUGAACCUGUUGUGCGUUUUUGCAGGCGAAGAAUCGUGUUUAAAUUAAUUCAAUUAGAAAUCUAAUAGCAAAAUGCAUAGAGUGUGUGUUUAUUUAUUAAUAGUGCAAGUGCAAUGCAAUUAGUGAAUACUCAAGUUUUCCAGUAUUGUGCAAUGGAAAUUAUUAUUUCGUACAAAAACAAAAUGUAUAUAAGAGUGUAAAAUUCGAUUAAUCGUGGAAAAAAUGCUGCAGCAUCUUGGCAACAAUAACAAAUACAACGAAGAAAACACAGAACAACAACAACAAUACAUCAACUACCCUACGAAAUAAUUCGCAAACGUCAAUAGCUGCAACAACAAUAAUAAUAAUAACAACAACAACAUAGCGUAGCAGACAACAUGCGCAUAAAUGGCAACACAUUAGCAACAACAAAACCAAGUGUAACAGUGAUGCCAACAGCAACAAGAACUUUUCCAGUUUAACGGUGAAUAGUGAAUUUACAUAAGCUAAAAAACAGAAAAUUAUAUAAAUUAGAAUUGUAAAUGUUUAACAAAAUUAACUGUGAAUAACAAAUAUACAAACGAACGGAUUAUCGUCAAUUCAAAUAAAUGUUAACAAAAAAAAAAAAAAAAAAUUUAAAUAAAAAAAGGUUUUAAUAAAAAAAAUGUAUUUCACAUAAAAUAAGAAAUAAAAAUAUAAUUAAAUAAAAAACUAAUUCAAUAACAACAUUUAAUGAAUUCGUAAAUAAAUAAUGAAACUACGACUUGCUGCUGAAAUUAACAAAAUGCCACAAAAACCAGAGCAAAGUACAAGAGCUGCGCACAAACGUUGGCGCAUAGCAAUACUCUCCGUGGGCACCUUACUCCUGCACACGAUCGCCACGGCGACGAUGUUAGAUGCGACCGCUAUAGCGUUGGCGACAACAGUGGCGACAAUGCUGACAACGGUGGCGGCAACAACGUCAUUGAACGCUUACGCUUCAACUACAGAGUAUCCAAGACGCAGCAUUCGAGUGGGAUACAACGGUAAUGCAGUUAUAGUGUGUAAAACGGAUCGACCGUAUGAGAUCACGUUUCACGAAGUAUUCAAAAAUAAAACAAGUCAUCCGCUAAAUGUUACAGAUGAGGAUUUGAAACAUAAUGCAGUGCUGUUCUUAAGAAAUGUUAUACAUGAUGCUACCUACCGAUGCAUGAGAGGAGAGCAUAUUUUGAGUGAAACAAUUUUAACAAUUGCUGCACGAGACUUAACAUCGCCGGAUCGCAUACAAAUGGGGAGCGGUGAUGAUGCCGCAUUUGUUUUAGUCCACCAUGGAUACAAAAACCUCAAUUAUUCUCAACGAUCAUUGAAUAGAGAUUAUUAUGAUGAUAUUAGAGACAUCGAGAAAAUCAAACUUAUCAACAUCGACAGCGACGCCAUAAUCCUUUUGAUACGUAACGCAUCAGCUCAAAAGUCUAUAUUCAAAUUUAUUUUGGAUGAUAAAAGCACAAAUGAGUGUGAACUGGAUGUGGGCAAAGCACCGGAGUCCGUCAAAAGUUUUAAAUGUGUAGGAGCGAGCUAUGAUAAUAUGACAUGCACAAUUACCUUCCCAACAAAUAACUUAGCAACAAAAUAUGAAAUUACAUAUAAAGUAGACGGCACGGGGAACUUUAGUUGCGAACUAGAGGACACUGACUUCCCUGACAAAUUAGGUGAAAUUACCAAAUACCUAAAAUUGUUAUCGAAUACUGAUGGCCGCACCUGUAUCUACUAUCCGAGUGUAGAAAAUUAUACUUUCACUUUGAUCGCAACGAAUGUUUUGGGACAAUAUAAGAAUGAAUAUACCAUAAAUAAUCAUGAGAGUAUUGUACCAGCUAUAUUGAAAGUUAAUCAAGACAGCAUAACCUCAAAUAGUGUGCACUUAACUUGGUCAAUUGCUCAACAAGCUUAUUAUUCCAAUGGUUUGGAAUUUGAGAUAACCGUGAAACCUGAUGACUUCGAAAAGUACUCCAGACAAACCAUACAAACAAAUGCAUUGUUAUCAUUUACACUUGAUCUACCCUAUGCCUACUGGAAUUAUACUUUGUAUAUAAAAGCACGCAUUAAUGACACAAAAGGCGAAUGGAGUAAGCCAACUCAGUUAAAGUGCCAGACUGCACCGCGUAGACCCCAACGUGCGCCACACACCAAUGAUGGUGGUUUCCAUAUUAAUCAGGAAACAAUAAGCCUAUAUUGGGAAGGUUUGGCGGCUAAUGAGAGAAAUGGUCCAAAUUUCACUUACGUCAUUCAAGCGCUUGAUAUGCAUGGCAGACAGUUGCACUUAAAAGAAACCGUAGCAACAUCAAUCGACUUCCCCUGGCCUGAUAUAAAAGUCGAAAUGUAUAAAGUAUACACCAGAAAUGCUGUCGAUGUGUCGCCAAAUGUGAGCAUAAUACAUCUGCCAUCAAAAAAAUCGGUGCCAUCAAGAAUAUUGGAUCCACCAUCAGAAAUUGAACAGUUGUAUGAAAAUGGAGUAUACAAAUUAAAAUGGAAGCAACCAUCAUCGCGUGUCUAUGGAAAACUACUACCAAGCAACUAUACUAUCUUUUGGUGUCGCGCACCGAUACAUGAGUGUGAACAAGGCACCAUGCACUUCACAGUUGUGAACAACACGUUAAACGAAUAUCCCCUACCCUCUGAGCGGCGGAAACAAAAAAUGGCUGUUGCUGCUAAUUUUCCAAGCGGUAGUAGUGGCUUAAAUUGGCCUACUUGCUAUGCUGAUUUAAAUGAAGCAUUGAAGAAGCCGAAAAGGGUGAAGGUUAAAGCCGAAUCGGAGUCGCGCAUCUUGUUGCAGUGGUCACCGGAUAAUUGUAGAAAUGCAUUCGAUGGUUAUAAUAUAACAUACUGCAUAUGGGACAAUGUUAUGGAGUCCAAAUGUCUUUCAGUGAUUGAAAAUAAUUCACGAAGCAAUAACUUCACUUUGACGAAUUUGAAAACAUAUACAUUUUAUAACAUUAGCGUACAGUUAUACGGCAAAAAUAAUAGAACGAGCCCACCCAGUGACGUCGAAUCUUGUCAAACAGAUGAAGCAGCACCUGAACCGCCCACAAAUUUACAUUACGAAGCAAAUGAUAUAACAAGUCAUUCGGCAAAGAUUUCGUGGAAAGCGCCGAAUGUAACCAAUGGAGUUCUAAAAAAAUAUUAUAUUUGGUAUAGAAACUACAAAGAAGAUAAAGCAAACUACAUAGAGGUGCCUAGAACUAAGCAAUCCGCCAUAAUAACCCAAUUGAAGAGUGGCUCUGUCUAUGAAAUUUGGCUGACAGCGUGGACAACAAUGGAAUCAAACAAAAGUUUAUCAAGGAAUAUCACAACCAUGAUUGGCAUACCAAAGCGGCCAGAAAAUGUAGAUCUUUUGCGAGUCGGUGACGAAUAUAUACUCAGUUGGGAUGCAGCCGAAUAUUCAAAUGAACUGUUCUAUGAGCUUAUUUUUAAUGACAAUAAUGAUCAAAAAAUUUUAACGGUGAAGCGUACGUCAAGUAUAGUACAAAAACACGAAUGCCGCCUGAAAUAUCCCGAAUGCAGGAAGGGUGUACAAAAAAUGGAAGUACGUGCUGUAAAUGUGGUUGCCGAAAAGGAUUUAGAUAAAAGCGCUUUUGCUAUCGAUUAUCAAAAUAUGCUACGACUUCCACGUUCGGCUGAUCCUGCCUACAAUGGUAGUAUAGUAGAAAAACAAACAACUACACAAGUCGAUAUAUCUAAUAAAAAUAAUGGGCAACAAAAGAAACGUUUUGCGAAAAACUCCGCAUAUAAAUAUAAAACGUAUAAUACUUUAGAAUGCAUAGUAAUUGAUGAGGGUAUCAGCACGGCAUUACCGGAUGAUAUCGGAUAUUAUAUGCUCAAAUCGGAAGCAAAGCCUUCAAACACGAAUUACAAUUGUUCCACAGUAUCGUGGACAAUAAUAGUAGCUGCAUUAAUUUCUAUAAGCAUCUUUCUAGCGGCCACACUGUGGGGUUUUAUGUAUUUGCGACGUCAAUCUAAUAUCCCUGUAAAAUUACCCGAUACUCUUAUAGAACGAAUGAAGGAACAGGAGGCGUAUACGAAGACGGAAGAUAAUAUUUCCAAUGUAUCUACUAAAACAGCUGACGAUACAACGCUAAUUAAUAUCGAUGAUACGUUCGUAUCCUCUUCCUCUAGUGGCAGUGAAAGUGGUGUCGCUGGCAUUAGUGACAGCGACACUGACACACCAAGUACAAGUAGUGAAGAAGUCGAUAAGGAAACUUCAAACAGUUCCAAUCAUUCUUCGCACCAACAAUCAGCGCUUUCGGCUUCACCAGGGCAAAUCAAACCAACCAACCCAACCAGUAACACAUCUGGCGAACCUGGAUAUUCAAGCUUUGCUGAAAUUUUAGCGAAGUCGCGCCCAGCAAAUAAUAAUAAUAAUAAUAUAAACAAAAAUUUCUACGUGAAGGAGGAUGAAUUCCGCCAGUUGUCAACAAAGCAUGCGGCAUAUGUGAAGGAGGAUGAAUUCCGCCAGCAUGCGGCAAGAAAUUGCUUCGUAAACACAGUGGAACGAAACUACUCGCAAAUGAAACCUGCGGCGGCGCCGUCGAACCGCCUUCAAACACCUGAUGAGUUCAAUUAUGUAAAAUCAGAAACACUCCUCAAGGCGCAUACAGCUUCCUUGUGGACCGACAAUAAACAAACGGAAAAUAGAUUACAAGAGCAAUUACCACAACCAGAAACCAUACCGCUUGCAAUAGACCACACCCAUGAUUAUGUGCCACAUGAUCCGGCGCCCAUGCACGAUGCAUCAGAUUCCGCUAACUUGGAAAAUGAGAUAUCUCAAUUGGCAUUGUUGCAACCAUCUUUCUCAGAUAAUUCUACGCAUGCGCAACCUAAUAUUUUCAGAAACAUUGCGCUAACAAGCAAUGGCUACGUAAAUCCCGAUUCGUUAAAGAGGGUUGCGGCUCCACACAACGCCAUGAGUGCAGUAAACAAUGACGCUACGCAAAAGCCAUUACAGCAACAAAAUCAGAACGGUUAUGUUACAGCAGAUUUUUGGUCACAGCAAAAUAAACGGAAUUGAAUUUGAACUGAACGCGCUGUUAUGAAAUCUAAGCGAACAAUUUAACCGAAACAAGUAAGGAAGUAAGGGCUGUGUUCGGGUCUGACCGAAUAUUUUAUACUCUCGUAAUUUAUAAAUUUUGAAAAAAUAUUAAUUUUGAAUUUUCAUAGAAUAUAUGGCAAAUUUCAAGAUAUUAUUGGUAAAAAAUUAAACACAUGUACUGAGGUCCUCAUGUUCGAUGUCUAAGGUCUUGAAAAGUUAUAGCCCAAUUUUGAGAAUUUUUAGCUGACAUGGCCACACCUCCAGUGUAGUACUUGAACAAUGUUUUAUUCCGAUACUUGGACUGGUGCUUAAUUUAUAAACCAAACAAAUCAGAUAAAAUUCAAAAUUUUGUUAUAUGGGAACUUGAUGUGGUUGUUAACUGAUUUCACCCAUUUCCGAUUCAAAUAGUAAUAACAGGAUAUGCAGAUAGUAUUUCGUUGGAAAUGGUCGAGUAUUUCAAACUCUAUGGUUUUUGACUGAUAAGUGGGCGGUGACACGCCCAUUGUCCAUUUUUUUAUCAAUCUGAGUGCAACCCUUCUGUACGAACAGUCCUGUGAAAUUGACUGCUUAUAGUUGUCCGCAUAACCUAAAAAUAUCUAAAACUUACCGAUCCAAACAAGUCUGGAUCGCCGAAAUGACAGCCCUUGGUCGGUUUCGAAAAUCAGAGUCAAUCCCGGUAUCGUAGAAACGGGAAAUUUGUUGUGGGGAUUGAACAUAAGCUCUGUAUGGGCGGUGGGCGUGUUUGUUAACUGAUUCAUUGAUUAAUUUUGGGUUCAGCUAUGGAAAUUUAUAACUUACCAACAACCAAAACUAUCAUGCGCUGUGCAACAUGUUGCGAGAGUAUAAAUAUAUGGACAAGCCAAGCUUAACUUAAUGAUCGAAUGUGGCAAAAGUUUGCUGCGCUCAAAUUGUAGAAAUAGUGCAAAUCGUACCAAGCAUUUUACUUGUAUAUUUAAUGCUUAGUUGAUACUAGUGAAAUUUUCAAGGCGUUAAAUAGUUGUUGGUGAUUUACAUUUGGAAAACUUUACGACUGAUUUAUUGUUGUUAUGAUGCGUGUAUGUAUGUAUAAGUGUGUGUGCGCGCGCGCGAAAUUGCUUGUUAGUUAUGAUAAUAUGGUGUAAAUGCACACACAUAUAUUUAAUAAUUAGUUAUACUUAUAUGUUAGAAAUAAUUUUAUGAUGCAUAAGCGUAAAAGGCUCGUUGCGUUCGUAGCGAUUCCCAUGUGAAAGUGUAGAAUUUUUAUACUCAUAGAAUGCUAUUAAAUAAGGAAAAUCUCUUCUGAGUAAUGUUUAAGUAAUUUCUUCUUUAUAUAAUAUAAUUGCGCUAAUAAGUUCCUUAAAUAUUUUGAUUAUAUAUACUCAUUAUCUCAAAGACAAACACACAUACCUACAUACAUUUCAAUACUUUGAAAUUGAAAGCAUCACAUUUGAAUUUAUUAAAGAUUUUUGUAAAAUAGUUUUUAGUUUUUUAGUUCUAGUUUUUGCUGCAUAUAUUAGUAUACAAAUAGUUUUUUGUAUUUACGCAUAAAAUUAAAUUAUAUAGUUUUUAGUUUUUGGUUAAAAUUGGUGACACACAAAUAUAUAAAAGCAAAUGAAAAUAUAAAUGUUGUAUAUACAGUGGAACUUCCUUAACUCGAACUUCUAUAACUCGAAGAUCUCUAUAACUCGAACUUUUGUAUUGGCUAUAGCGUUUAGAAAUCAAAUUUCAUACAAAUUUCCUUCCUUAACUCGAAGUUCUUGAUAACUCAAACUCUUGAAGUGGCAAUAGAAGGCAACUUUCAUACAAAUCUUUUUCCAUAAAUCGAACUUUUUGGUCAGGGCAUUAUACAAAAUUGAACAUUUUACUAUCGUUGCACAAUUUUAAAAGAGUCCCUCUAUAUCGUAUGGAGGAGAACAAAAUAUAUAAUAUUACUCUAAUGGAUUUCAUAACAAAGACAUUGGAUACCGACGAAAAGAGCCAAACAAUAGCAUAGUGCAACAAACAAAAUUACAGAAUAGAUAUUUUAACGGAUUUAAAUAAAACUUUAUGCGAAGUAAAUAAAUAAAACUGUAUAUAAAUAUGUAUAUAUUUUACAGCUUUUUGAAAAAAUUAUGUUUUAAUGAAAAUUUCUAUAACUCGAAGUCUCUCUAACUCGAAGUUUUUUUUUGUGGAUUAUGGUGAUUCGAGUUAGAGAAGUUCCACUGUAUAUAUUAAAUAUAGCAACAUAUGUAUAUCCACGCAUUUGCACAUAUGUACAUAUGGAUGUAUUUGUAAACUUGUUGAAUUUUUGAUAUUUGAAAUUUAAACUAUACAAAUAAAAGUGAACUACUUAUGCAUAAUGAAUUGGCAUGCUUCAAACAAUUAACACUUACACUUGCAUGUUGAAUGAAAUAUGAAAAAUUAUCAUAAUUUUCUACAAAUUUCAUUAGUAAAUAAUCCUAAAACAUUUUCAUGUUAAAUUAAAUAAUGAAUGAAUGUUGAAUACUUGUUGUGCGCUUUUUGCCGUUAUUUGAAAUUUAAAUGGAAUUUCGCAAAGCUUUUAAAACAUAAAAUAUUUAUUUUUUGUAAAUAUUGUAAAUAAACAAUAAUUUUUUCUUAAUUUUGUAUUAUUUGAUGUUUCUCAAAAAGAAAUGUAAUGUAAAAAAAUAAGCAAAAAUAUAUGAAAAAAAAUUAUUAUGUAAUAUUAGAGAUUAUUAUCACUCACACACAUAAAAAGUCAUGAUCUGCUGGGAAUGUGAAAAGUUAAACUGAUGCACCCGACUUUUAAAAUAUGUUAGAUAUUUUGAAUCCCUUACAAGUUUUAUUUAUUUUGUUUUUUUUUUUAUUAUAAAUUUUAAUUAUUUUCUUAAAUGUAUAAAAGCAAAAAACGACUUGAAGACACUUAAGGGGUUAGGAGUAGUCAAAAACACGAAAAAAUUAGAAUUUUCAGUAUUUUUUGUUUUGCUAUUAAAUCAUGUUAUUUUACAAAAGUAAUAAUAUAAAGUCACGAAAAUUUGAAAAAAAAUCUAUAAUAAGAAAAAUUAGUUUUAUAAAUAGAUAAUUCUGGGACUGAUCGAAGCUUUUUUCUUUUUUUUUUUCAAAAAUUAACAAAAUGGUAAAUAUUUUUUAGAUUUUCGUGAAAUAAUCAAAUAAGUUAAUUGGUCUUAAAAUAUCGAAAUUUUUGAAAAACAAAAAAAGCUUCGAUCAGCCCCAGUAUUAUUAUGUAUUCUAAAAGCUGUAUAAAUUUCAUUAAAAUCUACUGAGCGGUUUUCGAGUUACAGUUGUCGCAGUUCAAAAAUCAUAGUUUUGAGAAAAACGUAUUUAAAGUUUCAUCCGAGCGUUUUGGAAUAGAGAAUAUUUUUAAGAUUAUUUAAAUCUAAUUAACGAAAAUGCAAAAAAAAAACACAAAAAUUGUAUUUUAUUUUAAAGUCCUGACUACCCCUAACGCCCGCUGCCUACACGGUACAAACAUAAAAUCCAAUUUGCCGAUUUUUCUUCCACAACAUGGAAGCAUAUAU